UAUCUCAAAACUUGUCUACUGUAUUUCGUCAUCUAUAAUUUGUAAUGCCUUAUGGCUUAUGACUUGUUAGGAUAAUAAUCAAUUGUCCAGGAAGUCAUGGCAUGGCUACAAGAUCCUAGAAUUCCGCAAUGAUAUGCAGGGCAACUGUGCUUAAACAACUAAAUUAACCUAACUCAUGUUUAUGUAUAUUCCUCAUCUCUUACAUUGAACAUAACUGAGCUGAAUUUAAUAUAUAUACUCCUUGAUAUAACUUGUUUGGCAAAGCAACUUGAUCAGUUGACUUGAGAACUGUGUGCAAAAUCAGGUACUAAUAAUUCUCAAACUUAGACUUUUAAGUUUCUCCUAGUACUUGUUACAAAUUAGUAUAUAAGUAUACUUGUUUUGCUCAAAUAGUGUUGUGUUUACUUAGAGAUCUAGACAAAUAGUACGGCCAAGAAAGUAUAAGAAAAAUUGAGAAAAACCUCAAAUGGAGUAUGGAGAGAGAUAUUGGGAGUGGAUUCGAAGUGUUGAUGCGAGGUUAAGUGUACUGAGGAGCAGAGGGAGUACUUGUAGGGUUCCCAGUAAACUCCUAGCAGUAAAACCAGAAGCAUACACGCCUCAAAUAGUAGCCAUUGGUCCUUUUCAUCGGAACAAGCCUGAGUUGCAAGCUAUGGAGGAACUCAAAUGGAGGUACAUGUUAGGUUUUAUUGAUCGUGUAGUAAAAUCAAAUAAGGAAUUGAUUGAUAUUACCAAGUUGGAUGGCGUCUCUGGUGAAAACUACCAUCAAAUUUCAGCAUUAAAUAAGUGUAGCAAAGUCGUAGCAGAACUGGAAAAAGAGGCCCGGGCAUGGUUUGCUGAAGAUAUCAAUUUAGACAAGCCUCAACUUGUGGAGGUAUUACUCCUUGAUGGUUGUUUUAUACUUGAACUCUGCUUUAGGUGCAUAAGGAUUUUAGUAAAACAAGGUAUGAGCGAUUCAGAUACUACUUCAUCUGUUAUUUCACCCGUAUUUUUGGAAGACAAUUUCCUAUUAGGACCACUAGAUGAUGAUAAUUUCGCAAUGGUGAAUAUUCUAAGAAAUGAUUUGAUGCUAAUCGAGAACCAGAUUCCAUAUGUCAUUCUGCAACAGCUUUUUGACAUAAUACCAAGUUCAGACAAACCAUCUAGCGAAAUGUCUUCAAAAAAGCUUCAAGAUUAUAUUUUCUUGCUGUUUAGUUCUGUUUCUAUGUUUAAUUAUGAAAUUAUUAAAUUUAAUGUAAAGAACAUGGAUGGGGAAUACUAUCAUUUACUGGAUAUGUUGUACCAAGUUUCUGGCUAUCCAAAGAAAUUACCGACAAGUUACAGCAAUCGUGUUUGGGGAUUCACAAGAUGUGCAAAAGAGCUCUUUACAUCCGGCUUCCAAAUUGUAUGUGGCAAUAGGAGGUCCAUAGCCGACAUAAAAUUCAAGGAAGGAGAGAUAUCUAUCCCGCAAGUCACUCUAGAUAAAUCAUGCGAUAUUGUACUUAGGAAUCUCAUUGCUUUAGAGCAUACCGGGACUGGCAGGCAUACUAUUACCUCAUAUGUCAAGCUUAUGAGCACUUUAAUCCGUUCUAAGGAAGACGCCUAUUUACUUGAGUGGAUAGGCAUCAUUAAAAAAUCAAAUGAGAUUGAAGAUGUUUCUGAAUUCUUUAAAAGUUUAUGCAGAGGAGUUGAUUACGUAGAAUUCUAUUUUGCUGAUGUGUGCCAGAAGGUUGAAGAUUAUCAAGUCCCUAUGUGGAGUUGGCGCAGAGCAAAAGGAUAUUCGAUUAUCAAGUAUGUUGAAUGGAAAGAAUCUAUUGAGUACUUAAACCGAGAUUAUUUUCAUGACAGAUGGAGUUUUAUAGCAUUCUUAGCUGCAUCUUUAGUCAUCCUUUUAACUUUCUUGCAGACUUUCUAUACUAUCCGUGCAUAUUAUCCUCCAUACCACUGAAACUGAAGUUUCAGCCAAUUGCUUAUGAUAUCAGUUUGUUGUUAAAUGAAAAUUUAGAAUGUUUGCAAAAUUUGC